AAUCUAAUCACUUUCUGCUUCUUCGCCUACUUCAUUCACAUCUUCUUUCCUCUUCCUCCUUUGGGUUACUUCUUCGAAUCUCCUGUUGAAACCAUUGGCUUUUGAUUUUGAGCGAUUCUUCUGAAUUCGAUUGGUGUAUGUAUUUCCCUUCUUUUUAAUUCGAUCUUGGUGUCCUGAUUUAUAUGUCUCCGAUUCGGAUUUUGUCUUAAAAAACGAAACUUUAGUUUUUGUUACAGUGUGCAAUUUGCUUGUGAGUUUUUUUAGCUGCUAUCAAUUUUUUUUGCAUCUAUUUAUCAUAUCCUAGUUGAUGGUUUUUUUAAAUCAGUGUUUGCAGAAAUGGAGACUGGUGCUGGUAUAGGUUUGUACCCUUUGCAUCGCUGCAAAACCAUUUACCUAGUGAACAUGCUCAGGGGAUUCACAAUGUGGAUGGGGAGAAGAAUUAUAAGGCUUACAUGUCUCAUGACUACUUUGAUGCUGAGUUGACCCAGCUUGGCUGGAAACAGGUAGAUAGUUUGCGUAAGCAUGUUCAUUCCAGUGGACUUCACAAGAAGAUCGAACUGGUCAUUUCGUCUCCACUGAUGAGAACCUUGCAAACUGCUGUUGGUGUUUUUGGUGGAGAGGGCUACACGGAUAUGAGUGAUGUACUACCUCUAAUGGUAGCAAAUGCAGGAAAUAGCAGCCGUGCAGCUAUAUCGAGUUUAAACUGCCCACCAGUUAUUACAGAGGAGUCCUGCAGAGAGCAUUUGGGAGUGCAUCCAUGUGAUCAGAGGAGAAGUAUCAGCGACUAUCAGUUUCUUUUCCCUGCAGUUGACUUUUCACUGAUAGAAAGCGAGGAAGACAAGUUAUGGAAGGCUGAUGUUAGAGAAACGAUUGAAGAACUUGCAGCUAGAGGAAAAAAGUUCCUGAACUGGCUAUGGACACGGAAAGAAAAAGAGAUAGCUAUUGUGACACACAGUGGUUUCUUGUUUCACACAUUGAAUGCACUACAAAACGAGUGUCAUCCAGAUGUUAAGAAGGAAAUUUGCGGCCACUUUGCUAAUUGUGAGCUACGUUCAAUGGUCAUCGUCGAUAGAAGUAUGUUGGGAUCGGACAGUUCGGUGACUGAUUAUCCAGGAAAGAUUCCAAAGGGGAUUGAUCUUCCAAGUGAUGCUGUUGUAGAUGAUAACAACAUCAAAGUUGAGUGAUUCUUUAUGAUGGACACUGCAUUGUCUUCAACUUUUCUAUUUAUCUAUACACAAACACCUUCUUUGCUGUAUGCAACUCUCUUAUUAGUAUUACUAUUGACUAUCGAGUUAAAGAUCUUACUAUUGACUUACUGAGUUAAAGAUACGUUGCUAGUUGCUG